ACUACUGGGAACUGCUGGGAUCUACUGGGAUCUACUGGGAACUACUGGGAUCUACUGGGAACUACUGGGAACUACUGGGAACUACUGGGAGCUACUGGGAACUACUGGGAUCCUCGGUGUGGGUCCAGGACAUCCCAGGAACCCCCAGUAUGGAACUGGGACGUGUCAGCACCCCCAGUAUGGAACUGGGACAUGCUGGGAGCACUGGGAGCCACGGCCUGGAGGAGAGCCCGGCCGGUGCCACCCGCUGUGCCCCCGGGGCUGGCGGGGACACGGCCACGCCGGCCCGGUCACUGCGGGACGAGGAGGAGAAGGAGGAAGAGGAGGAGGAGGAGGAGGAGGAGGUGGCCGGUGACACCGGGGACAUCCCGCGCUCCGAGCUGGGGUCGCUGGCAGAGGUGGCACCGCGACAGCAGCAGCGACAGCAGCGCCCCGCCAGGGAGGAUGAGGAUGAAGACGAGGACGGCUGCGACGCCACUUCCACCGUCCCCACUGUCCUCGCUGCCAGUGGUGGCACCGCGCUGGGCCCGGAUCUGUUCGAGCGCCUGCAGCACGCCGUGAGCUCUCUGGAGCGCGCCGUCUUCUCCCGGCACCGGCGGCCACCUGAGAGGCCGCUGCCACCGGCCCCGGCCUGGCACCGAGCGGUCCGGAGCCUGGAGGAGCUGAGCCGGACCCCAGACUGGUCACCCCAGCCCCCGGACUGGUCACCGCGGUGGUGGCCGGAGGUGGCCGCGGCUCAGGGGUUACCGGAGGAGGUGGCGAGGAACGCGAGCCUGCGGGCGAGCCUGCGGCAGCGCGGCGAGGAGCUGGGCCAGGCCACGGCAGCGCUGCGGGCCCUGCGGGGCGAGCGGGACCGUCUGCAGGGCAAGGUGCAGGAGCUGCGGGAGGCUCUGGCCGGGCUGGAGGAGCUGGCGGGGUUUGGCGGUGACAUCCCCGGGACCGGUGACACUCCCGGGACCGGUGACACCUCUGGGACCGGUGACAGCCCUGGGACCGAUGACAGCCCUGGGGUUGGUGACACCUCCAGGACUGGUGACACCCCCAGGAUCGGUGACACCUCUGGGAUGGGUGAUACGCCCGGGGUCAGUGACACCUCCAGGACUGGUGACACCCUCGGGGCUGGUGACACCUCUGGAGUCGGUGACACCCCCAGGACAGGCAACACCCCCAUGAUCAGUGACGCCUCCAGGGUCGGUGACACUCCCGGGACCGGUGACACCCCCGGGCCCAGCAGCCCCCUGGGGCGCCGGCCCCUGCCGACCCAGCCCCAUGCCCCGCUCUCCCCGCGACCCUCGGCGGGCCCAGGGCCGGAGCAGGAGCAGCGGCUGCAGCAGCUGCAGGGGCUCCAGGCGCAGCUGCGGGACUCGAACCGGGAGCUGACAGCGGCGCUGGGCGAGUGCAAGGGCGAGGCGGAGCGGCUGAGCCAAGAGCUGGAGCUGAGAGCGGCGCGGGACACGGCGCUGCGGCUGGCACUGUCCUGCAGCGAGCGCUGCGGGGGCGCCUACGCCGCCCUCCUGGAGCUGGUGCGGGCGAAGGUGACACCGCAGGAUGGCACCGGCGGGGUGCCCCCCACCCCCCCUGCGGGUGCACCAGGAACCGCGGCAGAACCGAGCCCGGCGCCGAGCCCCGAACCCCCUCGGCCAGCGGAACCCGAAACCCACCGGGACCCUGCGGGCAGCCCGGGGGCUCGCAGCUCGGCGGGCACGGAGGAGGAAGAGCUGCGGGAACGCAUCCGGAGGCUCCGCGCCGAGCAGGAGGCGGUGGAGGGGUCCCUGCUGGACACCCCCGAGCCCCCCGGGAGCCCCCCGGGCCGGGACCCCCGAGGCAGCGCCGAGAGGGUGCUGAGGGAGGCGCGGGCGCUGCUGCUCGGCUGGAGGAGGCCCGAGAAGGAGGAGCUGCUGCAGGAGCUGGCGGUGCUCAAGGAGGCGCUGGCGGAGCUGCGGGCGCGGCUGCAGCUGGCACAGCGGGAGAAGCGAGCCCUGGAGCUGGUGCUGGCCGCGCAGGGGCCCCGGGAGGCCGCGCUGCGCCUCCUGCUCCGGCACCGGGAACGGGAGCGGCACGGGCGGGAUGGAGCCUCCGGCAGCUCCGGCAGCAGCUCCGGCAGCAGCUCCGAGGAGGAGGCGCGGAUCGGCCGCGGGGCAGCGCUGGCUCCGCGGAACCGCCCGGACCCCGAGAGAACCAGGGAGGAGCUGCUGCGGAUCCGGGCCAGGCGAGGGCCGGGAACGUGUGGGGCUGGGAUGGUGUGGGGAUGGGAAUGUGUGGGGAUGGGAAUGGUGAGGGGCUGGAAUUCUGUGGCCUGGGAAUUGUUGGACUGGGAAUGGUGUGGGACCGGGAAUGGUGCUGGGAUGGGCAUAGGGGUGGCACAGGUGACACGCGUGACGGAGCGGCUGCGCGGCCGCGCUGAGGAGCUGGCGCUGGCGCUGGAGCGGAGCAGCGCUGCCAGCCGUGCCCAGCAGGCGCACAGUGUCACUGUCACCACGGAGCUCCUGCAGGCGCACAGCUCGCUGGCCCUGGCGUACCGCGGGGCCCGGCGGAAGCAGGCGGAGCAGCUGCGGCGCCUGGAGGCGCGGGCGGCGGCGCUGCGGGUCCAGCACGGCCGCAGGGAGCGAGCGCUGACCCGGGCACUGCGGAACCUCCAGCGGCACGGAGAGACCUGCGUCUAGAGAGCCCCCCAAAUCCCGGAGGGGAAUCCGGAAUCCCGGGGGAAAUCCGAAAAAACAUGGAGGAACCAGAGAGAGCGCUGGAGGAAGCACAAAGAUCGCUGGACAACCCGCAAAAUCCCUGGAGAACUCAGAAGAACACUGGAGUGCCCACAAAAAUCCCUGGAGAAACAUGAAAAUCCCUGGGGAAACCCCCAAAAUCCCUGGAGAAUCCAAAUAAUCCCUGGAGGACUCCCAGACCCGGGAGGUUCCUGCUGCA